GCGGUGGAGAUCUGCGCUAGGCUUAGGGGUGAGUUGGACGGAUUGCAGGCGGUUAAUACCGGGCUGGGUGCCUAGCGACUGGGGGCACCCGCUGCGGAGGAGGGCUAGGCGCGACUCCAAAAGGCCGAGGAGGACGUGCGGGGACACUCCCCGCCCCUGCGGCGCCAACCUCGGGCUCCGCCCAGCGCCGCCCUACAGCGCGCACCCCAGGUGUGGAGGCGCAUCCCGGUAGCUGGGCCUGAAAGCGGCGGCAGUUGCAGUUAGUAGAGUGGCUUCUAGAAGGAAACCACGACUGCACCCCUCCCUCGGUGGUCCAAACUAGGAGCGCAGUACCGGCCAAGCGCUAGGUGAGGACGAACGCACCAUUUGGUUUGGGAACCUACCAGGCAGAGGCUGACCAUUUUACUGCGUGUGACCACCAUGCUGACUGCCCACCUCUCCAGACCCCUGUCACAGCUCCUGGGAAGAACCCUGCACUUCUGUGAUAGAGAACAUGAAACAAGACCCACACUGCUGUUUUGUUCCACCUACGUUGUCCCUGUGGGCCGUCGCACUUAUGCCAAUGUGGUGAACCCGGUUGGCAGCAGAGCUGUCCUGGUCACAGGCUGUGACUCUGGAUUUGGGUUCUCCUUGGCCAAGCAUCUGCAUUCAGACGGCUUCCUUGUGUUUGCUGGCUGCCUGAUGAAGGACAAAGGGGGUGAUGGGGCCAAGGAGCUGGAUAGUUUGAAGAGUGAUCGAUUAAGAACUGUUCAGCUCAACGUCUGCAGCAGUGAGGAGGUGGAGAACGCGGUGGAGAUCGUCCGCUUGAGCCUCAAGGACCCUGAGAAAGGCAUGUGGGGCCUCGUGAACAAUGCGGGCAUCUCGACAUUUGGGGAGGUGGAGUUCACUAGCAUGGAGACCUACAAGGAGGUGGCAGAGGUGAACCUGUGGGGCACAGUGCGGAUGACAAAAUCCUUUCUCCCCCUCAUCCGAAGGGCCAAAGGCCGUGUCAUCAAUAUCAGCAGCAUGCUGGGCCGCAUGGCCAACCCAGCCCGCUCCCCUUACUGCAUCACCAAGUUCGGAGUGGAGGCUUUCUCAGACUGCCUGCGCUAUGAGAUGCACCCGCUGGGCGUGAAGGUCAGUGUGAUAGAGCCCGGCAAUUUCAUCGCUGCCACCAGCCUGUACAGUCCUGAGCGCAUCCAAGCCAUUGCCAGUAAAAUGUGGGAUGAGCUGCCUGAGGUGGUGCGCAGGGAUUAUGGCAAGAAGUACUUUGAUGAGAAGAUCACCAGGAUGGAGACCUACUGCAACAGUGGCUCCACCGACACGUCCCCCGUCAUCAACGCUGUCACCCAUGCCCUGACCUCAGCCACCCCCUACACUCGCUACCACCCCAUGGACUACUACUGGUGGCUGCGAAUGCAGAUCAUGACCCACUUGCCCGGAGCAGUCUCCGACAGGAUCUACAUACACUGAAGGGUUUCACUCUGGCCUCUGCUGGGGAGCCCUGGUGGGAGGCAAGAGGAAGCAGGGAGGGAGGGAGGAGCUUAUGUGUCAAUCACCUCUUAGUUACUGAUUUGUGGAUUUUCUGCAGUCCCAGGAGGACCCACUUCCAGUUUAGCAUUAACCAGAGGGGGUAGCCCAGCCCAGCUUGUGUGCACAACGAGUGGCUCGGGCCUUCUUAAUUAGGGUGCCGAGUGGUGGGCAGGGCCCCCAAACCUCAGGGCAAACAUGGUGCAUCCAUUUUUCUGGAGUUGAUUUCAUACAGAGAUUUCUGGGGGGCAUCUUUAUAUUAAAAACAGAUUUAUUAUAAAAUAGAAUCCAAUCCUUUACAUUUUUAAGGCAAAACAGUUAAAAAAUUUACCUCAUUUGAUCCUUAAACCAACCUCAUGGGUAAAAAGAACAGAUUAUUUUUCUUUUGUACAUGAAGAAUUUGCAGCCCAAAUAGGAUAUAUUAAUAGCCCUUUAUUGCUUAUAAAUAGUCCAAGUUGUGUGUUUCUACCACUGCUGUAGAAAUGCUUCACAUUUUGUGUUCCAGGGCUGCUCCAGUUAUCUGAGUAUCCUCUGAUGAGCUCUGUGUCCUUGCCUGAGCCAUACAUAACAUGUGCCCACUGUGCCGUGUUGCAUGGCCAUGGUGCUGGUGUGUGUGGCCCGUAGCCCGGGCUUCAGAGCUGACUUUGGGAGGGGUAGGGACAAUGUGGAGAUUGCCAUUUGAGAUUUCUUCAACCUUUCUUAGGACUUAGGACAGACUCACGUGAGGGUGCUCCUUGGCGAAAAGGGCAGUUUGUUUCUGGUGGGUCUGCUUGGAUUUGCCUGGGGUGGGAGCCAUGUUGAUGGGUCUCCUUGUCAGGAACAGUGGUACAUAGGCAGGGCACUGUGGCAUCUUCUCCCCCAGGGGUCCAGGUUCCCUGCCUGUCUCACAUGCUCAUGCUCACACACACACACACACACAUCUGUUCUAUACUCACAUGCUCACAUUCACAUCUGUUCUAUAGUCACAUGCUCCACUCACACACACACAUCUGUUCUAUACUCACAUGCUCACACUCACAUAUGUUCUAUACUCACAUGUUCACACUCACAGACACACACACAUCUGUUCUAUAGGGCUCAGGGUGGCCUUCAUUGCUGGCUUACCUUCCUGCUGUGGCCUUAUUUUUAAUUAGGAAGCCGGGUCACUGAUGGGCAGAGUCUGCAUUAUCACUUCUUGGGUCUGGGUUUGGAGGCUGCAAUCCCUGUGAUUGCCCAGGGCCCCCCUCUGAACUGAAACCAAGCGUCCUCCUCCUGGUGGCUGCCGGCCUAGGACAGGGUCCUGACCGCCAGCCCCACAAAUCAAACUAGCACUGCCACCUUUCCUUGAAAGUGUCAGCUUGCCGCUAGAGGGCGACAUGCUUCCUCUGCCGCCCGUGGGGCUAGUGCUCCCGACUUGGGAGCUCACUGGCCCCAAGACUGAGGUCUCUCAGGGUUUGUGAUGCUCACCUCCGAAACAACCUGGACACAGACACACAGGUCCCUGCAGAAACAGCAUUCUUGUUCUUCUAGUAGUUGCCUGGCUUAAAUGUGGAGACUUGUGCCAGGAGAAGGCUAAAGGACCUAGGCAGCUGGAGCUGGCCACUGGACUCAGGCAGUGCCAUGGAAAAGGGGGUCUCACAACAAGCAAAUUCAGCCUGCCUCUUGGGCCUUGGUUCCCUCUGUCUUGCAUCAGGGAUGCCCUGCCCAGCUUGCUGUGCAGGGUGAAGCAGAGAGGGCCAGUGGGGGUGAUGGGGUGGGCAGGCAGGGCUGAUACCCAUCAGAGCCCAGAGAGGGACAUUGAUGGCCAUCAUGUUUACAUAACAAUAAGGUCCCUUCGAGUUACAGAUCUUGCCUUUCAGAAGUGCAUUUUUUCAUCUUGGGAGAUUUGAGUUCCAUGAUUUAUUUAAUUAAAGGAAAAUGGAAUAACACUUGGAGUUAAC